AAAGACCCACCGUGAGGCGGGACGGUGGGGGUGAAUGGGGCGAGGCCGCUGGCGGGCCGCGAGGCGUCAUCAGGGGCCUCUAGCUCUCGCAUGCAGAAGAUCAAGAGGACGCUGAAAGAUCUACCCAAUGACGAAUGCGUCCUUGCCAAGCUUCGGGAGAAGAUCAGGCAGCAGAGACUUAGCGCGUCAUCUUCAGACACCAGUCGCAGUGAGAGCUCAACUCUGGGACACUCAGACAGCUCCAGGGAGCCCACUCCUCAGCAUGUCCUGCAUGAGCUUCACGAGCCGAUCCUGGUGGGGGAAGGAAGACACAAUAGCAGUCUCACCCUAGACAAGGUGCCGCGUACGCGGAAAGUCGCCAGCGGACCACCCCUUCCUUCCUACAAGGGUUUUUCAGAGGUCCCUUUUGAUCCCUCUCUGCAAGCAAAAGUUAGACAAAUCAAUUGGCUGAGUGCUCCUAAGAAGAAAGCCAUGCAAAAGCCAACCAAUCCACCACAAGCAGGCAUCCAGACGCAUGUGAAAUUUACCGCUAAUGCAGCAUCCAGUGUCUCUUCUGUACCAGCCACCGCCAGCACUAAUACACAUAAAACCAGGAGAGUGGGCAGGAUUGUGGCACCUCAUCAAAAUAAUUCUUCCAAACCUGGUGCUAAAGAUAUUAUAACCACUUCAUCGUGGCGCGCAGGCCACGAACUUGUGUUGCGAGAGCUUGGUGCCACUAAGACAAGAAGUCACAGCACAGACAGAAAUAACAGUGGUGGUGCACACAGAGGUGGCAGUAAUAGCGAAGAUCACAGACAGGUACAGCUAGAACAACGAGAUCUUGUGGACAGCACACAGUUGCUGCCGACAGCAGCAGAUCCCUUUGCGCCUGUCACUUGUAAAGGGACAGAUGGCACAGAGCACCUGGCCCGCUCUCGAGCCUUGUCUGAAGAUGCCAAGAAGAUGCUUCAAGACCUGCAGCUAGAUAAUGAGAAGGAAAGGCGAAGCAUUUCAUUUCGACGUCCUGCUGUUAAACGGAAAGCACCAAAACCUGAGAAAGAGAGUGAUGAACAUACAGCACACAAGCACAAGCAUUACGAUUCAGAAUCGGUACGACAGUACAUCGCUAAGCAAAAGGCUCAAAGGCAGCAACAGAAAGAGGCUCAGCGUAAGGCAGAGAUGGAGGAGGCCCAGAAACGACAGCAGCUGAUGCAAGACCUCAUUGCCAAGCAGAAGUCUGCAGCCAUGUCCAGCAAGCCAAGAAAAGGGAAUCGAAGUUGCAAAAACCAUGCUAGUGUUCCUCCUGACCAAGAUGGCAAUGCUGAACAGAACUCGCACUUGCUGGUUAGCAGCCAUACUGACAAAGAGAAUGCCAACAAAGAUGGAAAGAUGGAUGUCAGUGACGAUGAGGAAAGUGAUGUGGACACACUGACAGGAAGCAAUGAUGAUGGAUCCACUCCUAGAGCCACCCCUGUUGAAAAAAGGGAUCACAUUAGUAGGGCCGCGCAGGAAGAGACAGCGACAGAACUCUACCACAGCCUCUUCCAGCGUCUGAAGCCACAGCACCAACACCACCACCAUGCUGUAAGGCAGCCAGCCGCAGACACAAAAGAUCCAAACCCCCAGCCCAACACUGAAUCUGUCUUCAUACCCGCUGGGGCUGACAAGUUCCCUGCAAGAGUGCUGAACCUUGAUGUCGACACAGUCCUUUCCAGAUUCGCUCAGGUGGUUGACCAGAGGCGCUCUCACAGAGCCAGGCCGGGGCUGCCAGGGGGUGGAGCAGAAAAUGGUUUUAUGUUGGGUCCAGGCAGCCUGGACAGUAAUGGGGAAAAGCUGCGGGAAGAAAAACUGAAGAUCUUGAAGGCCAAUUCCCAAACCCUACAGAGCAAACUGGCUCAUAUGGAGAAAAACAUCAAGACAGUGGUUCCCAAUGAUUCAGGAAGCUGUAACAUGGAGGAAGAAUUUGUCUCUCACCAUGAGAGGAUAGCAGGGUCUCGAGACAAGUAUAAUGUUUUCACUUCAAACUUGCCAGGUACUCAGACUGUUGGCAGCAGACACUCAGAUUCUGAAUCAGCCAGUGAUGUCAGAGCAUCUCGACUAGCUAGCAGAGAGGCAGGAAAUGGUCUUGGACUACAGAGGGAUAAUUAUAUGGCAGUCCGGAAGGUCACACCACCAGCUGCUUCAGUACCUGAGAAAGCUGACGAGGACUCGAGUGUGACUGAAGUGUCCACAUUUAGUGAGAUCACAGCUGCUGAUGAGUCAUCUAACAACUUAAUAACCCCCAAGGUAGCUCAAGCUGUUGCUGACAAGCCAGUAGUUGCAGGUAUGCUAUACAAGACACCCAGUGCCUACAAGUGGGAGGAGCCCAAGGCUGAUCCCUACAGUGUGUUCAAUGUCUUCUCCAGACAGGUUCACCAUGGCAGCAGAGCCUUGAGGUUAAGAGAGAGUGACCAACCAGCAGACAGUGCUUCUGAAACUAAAAGCAACUCUGCAGUUAUUAAAGACCCUGUCAUCACCUCCACGCAACAUAUUGUCUCUGGUCACACAUCAAGGGGUCACCAUGUUGUGGCCAAAACUACGUACACCAGGAUGGAGGCCACCCUUCUAGACAGAAACCAGACACCGCAGCAACCCAUAUCUAGCAGGAACAGAGCUACACGGUCCGAUGAGAGGGGACCACUCACUUCAGCGGCACACACUUCUGCUCCAAGUCUUUCUAUGUCUGAUGAUUCCAGGUCUCUGGAGAGUGCAGAGGAAGACAUGCCUAAAGCUGCAUUCAGCAAACAGAGAAUGUCUGAGAAGUUUGCCGGUGGCUUUCAACGCCAGACCUCUGACACAGGGCAGGAAACUGAUGUAUCACAAAUGAGUGAAGAUGAACCAAGAACAUCCCUGAAGACAUUUGAAGGGGUCUCAAGCGUGUCUCAUCCUCAGGCAGAGGCAAAAUGGUCACCUGCAGCACUAGAGAGGCAAAUGGCUGCAGAGCUGGCCAGACUGGAGAGUUUGGGAGACUCCUUACAGCAGCUUUCUAGCAUGGAACGAACACGAGCUGUUGCAUUAGCCCAGCAAGAAACUGUCUCACUGGCCCAGAUUUUGAAGGCACGUCAGCAGGAGCACAGUGCAGAACUUCGGUCGCUGCAGCUAAAGGUGCAGGAGGAGCGCUUAGCAUCAGCAAAAGAGCUGCAGCAGCAGCUCCACAACAUGGCAUCUUCACAGCACCGCACAGCUGAUGCAGCCACCAGUGUGACACAUGACACAAGUAAAGCCACUGCUACAGUCAGCAAACAGCUGCUGGAACAGGCAGAAAAUCGUCGGCCAGAAACAAAAGUCAGCAGUCCCUUGGUUUCCAGAUCCAGGAGCUGGAAUGACACAGAUUAUUCAGAAGCUGCAACUUCAACCCCACUCCCCAAGCCCAUGCCUAAAUCUCACUCCAGAUACAGCUACACUUCAUCUUCAAGAACCAAGAGUGUUGUGUCCGAAAAUGUGAAGACAGCAGAAGACACACAUAGUGAUUCUGACUCCUCCAUCCAAACAGCAAGUGAUGUGGACACACACAAGACAGAUGCCAGCAUUGCUGAGGAAGUUCCUGAUGGUGACUAUUCUAUGUCAUUUGAUGACUCCCUGACGGAAGAGGAGUCUUUCAAGCAGGUGCUACCAUCAGAGAGCCACCGCAAAGAUGCCAGACGCCGCAAAAGUGAUAAUGUCCAGACCUCCAUUUCAAAGGAUGAAGCUAGUUCUUUAGCCUUGGGAGAUUUGACUUCUCUCUUCACUGGAGAGGACAGCUUCAGCCGCUUCACAACUGGCAUGGUUCGUCAGAUCAUGAGAGAAGAGGAGCUGCGGUCACAGCAUCAGGCGUCACUGCUGAAGCUCCGAGAAAAGGCUCUGAAGGAGAAGACCAAAGCAGAGCUUGCCUGGCUGAAGCAACAGCGACAACGCCUGCGGGACAAAGGGGCAGAUGAUGUCUACCCACAACUGGACCACAAGGAGAAGACCCUCUUGAAGCACCUACAGGAGCAACAGGCAGAGAUACGACAUCUGCGAGAAGCCAACCGUCUAGCAAGCAAAGAACGCCAGAGUCUGCUGAAGCAGCAUGAAGAGAUAGCCAGAAUGCAGCAAGAGACACGGCAAAAGCUGAAGACCUUACAGAAACAUGGCGCAGGGAGACUAGGACGUCCAGCUGAGGUCCACACGGAAGAUGAAGCCAACCUGGUGGAGGUAUUGUCAGAUGCUAGUGAAGACACUUCUGUGGUGAAGACGGCCAAGUCAGAUUCAGAGAUGUAUGGAGACCUGGCAUCUCAAAGGAAACCGAAGGGAGAGAAACAAAACAUAAGAAAACAACAGAAACUGCGCUUGGAUCAGAAAUACCUGACAGCGAGAGAACAAAAACUAAUGGAGCGUAAAAAGCAAGCCAGUGAACUUCUGAAGUGGAAACAAGACCUUGAUGCAGAAGAAGAGAAGGUGAUGCAGUUGGAACGGUCAGCCCUCCAAGCUUGGGGAACCCGCACACAGCCUGCUGACAAGAAGCAUAGCAAGGAUGUUGGCAAGGAUUCCAACAAAAAUCAUGACAAUAAAGUGGAAAGUCUUGGGAAUCUUCGCCCUGAAACUGCUACCAGACCUGAAACAGUUACCACCUCAAAAGAAGAGUCAUCGCUACUGUCUCGCUCGGAGGCUAUCUCAACACACAUUUCUGUUUCAAAAAGUGAGAGAACUGACCAUCGAAAGAUGCACACAGAGACCUCUGAUAGGCAGUCCCACAGCAGUGCAUCAUACUCUCCACAGGCCAGUGGAAGUGAAAGCUCAAUUCCAGAAGACAUCCCAGAUGGAGCAGGCACCAGCCACCCCACCUCAGGCCGAGGGAAGCAGCAGAUGCUUGACUCCAGCGACGAAACUAUCAUCAACAGCUCCGUCAAUGAAGAGGAGGAGGCUGACAGCCCAGGCCAUGACAGGGGAAAGAAGUCAUCUGUGGGUCGGUUGCUUCCUCCUGGAAACUCUCCAUUGCCUGUUCCGUGGUCUCGGAAGACAGGGUCAGAGAGCGAGUCUGAGGAGUCAGUGUCCCAUACAGAGACCGUUUCUGAUGUGUCGGACUAUGAAGCUCGUAUCAGACAGCUUAGUGACCUUCUCCAACGCAGGCGUAAGGAGGCAGACAUGUUGAAAAAGGAGCGCUCUCGUCGUAAGAAGGACAAACUGAAGGCCCAGGAAGAGUCACUCAAAAAGCAGCUGGAGGCGUAUGAGAACUUCAUUGCCCAGGUGAAGGCAGAACAGGUUGACUUGGAACACGAGGCAGGACGACCAACUGUGCGGCCACAAAUUAAACAACCCAAAUCCAGCCCUAGCAAGUCUAGCAUUGCCUUGUCUUCAUCUUCACCAAGCCCUUCAGGUCAAAGUGGCCAUCGAGAUGAAGGAAGCAACUCUUCCAGUCUGGAUGAGACACGAGACAGUGCUGAAUCAAAUCAGACUUCACCAGCACUUUCUGAUGGACAGGAUUCUAAAAUUUUGCCUCUGGCAGAAAAAGAGAAAAUGAAGAAAAAGACUACCACUUUCAUGGAUCGCAUCUCAGAGGGUAGCGAGUCCCGGUCAGAACACUCUCCAGGAAGUUCAGCAAAGAGUCACAGCAUUAUUAAUAAAGACCACAGCAUUUCAGAUGAUCAUAGUGUGCCAGAAGUCAUUGAGGAUGCCAUCGACGAGAAUUCUCAGCUCAUCAGCAUUGGCUCAGGACGCUCGCAUUCAGGUGCCUUCACAAUCAAGACCAGUCUUCCAUCAAAGGUGGAUGAGGAGAGCAAGACUCACAAUAGUCUUGCUGACGAGGCACAUUCUUACAGCAUGGACUUCACUGAAGGUGUGUCGCAGAGUCUUGGCCAUAGCCACAACCGAAAGCUUCCUUCUGCCCGCAGUGAUGCUUCUUAUGGAUCUGGCCAAGGCAUCAGAUCUGAGGCAGAGAUUUCCGAAUGCAUCGAGAGCGCAGCAGCCUCUUCUGCGAAAUCUAUGGACAACUCUUUGUCAUCUCCUCCUAAGUUGACCCUGAUCAAAUCUCCAUCUGGUAGCAUCAAGGACAUUUCGACCGCUACACCUGCCUCCUCUCACCCAGUCACUGGUAUCCAGGAGUCUGACAGUGAAAAUGAGUCGAGAAUAAACUCUCACAGAAGUCUUUCAAGGCCAUCAAGUGAAAGAUCAACCGGCUCUACCACCUUCAGUGAUAUGCACGACUUUGAGGAAGAGGAUGAUGUUACCAGUUCAGAAUCAGACAGAACACCAGUCAGAGCAGGGACCCCUAACAAAGAGACAACUGUCCAGAUGGAGAUGGAUCUGAGUGUGUCUGCCAGUCUUCCAUCCUUAUCCGAGAAGCAUUUGUCAAGUAAGACAGCACAAGUGAGCCAGCGUGAAUCAUUGGAUGCUCAGCUCGGGGAUUUGCUGGGUCUUGCUGAAGAUGAAGCCACCCCAACACACACACCGCGAGUUACUUCACCCCUCCUUGGCCAGGAGGAAAACAGUUCUCUGAUGUUGACAGACCCACUCGCAGAUUUCCAUGAAGGUGAUUCUGUCCUGGUUGGUGGAGUCCUGCUAGGACGGCUUCGAUUUAAAGGCACUGUAGCUUUUGCACCUGGCUUCUGGGCAGGUGUAGAGCUGGACAAGGCAGAUGGAGACAUGAGUGGGGAGCGUGAGGGAGUGAGCUAUUUUCACUGCAAGCCCAAACAUGGUGUGCUGGUGCCUGGAAGUGAAAUCUCCCCUGUGGAGGAGGUGAACGAGGCGAGAGAUGGAGCCCAGUCCCGAGUGGGGAUGUUCGAGGAUGCAGUCAGCCUGGAUAACUCCUUCACUGACCAAGAUGAUGUGUCUUCAGCCACAGAAGGAGCUGAGCCUGUGAAGGCGACUGUUUCUGCUGUGGUUAGGAAGGUUUUGGAUGGGGAAGAUGUAGGGGAGAAAAUGCCUGUGAGUAGCACAGCUUCCCAACGAGAAAGAGAAAAUUUUGAUAUUCUGGCUGACAGCAUUACAGAAGACAUGACCCAGUCUUUGAUGCAUGAGAGCAUCGAAAGGAUAACUUGCAUAGCAUCCCGUCAGUCAGCUCCAGCGAAGGUGCCCCCAGCCACCCUUCCCAAGCCAGUCAAAUCUCCCCCUCAAACAUCCCCUAAGCCAAAGUGGAAUGGCAGCAUCGACAUUGCCACCAGUGCCAUGGUUGGUGGCCUCCUUGAUGAUGCCCUCACCAAAAUGAUUCAGAUUCGUAGAGGUCAACAAGGAGAACAGUGUGAAGGACCAUACGAUGCAGUGCUGGUCAACUGGUUUUCCGAUGACAGCGGAGUGGAGGCCUCACGAGACAGCAGCAGGGAUGGAGCUCUGCCAGCUUCCCCUGACUUGGAACUUGUACCUGGUGGAGAGCUGAAGGAGUUUGAAGAUGCAAAAUGUGUACUCUCUGCCCAACCUCUGUCAUCAGAACUAUUUCAUCGCCCCAAAUCCCCAGUUCCCAGUGAUGGUCUAUCAUCACAAGAGCGGGAGGAUCUGGAUGGCGAUAUUUCUAGUGUAUUGGGUGUGGACACUGAAUACAUAGAUGAUGACUUCGGCCUGGGCAAGCUUCCACCACCUUAUCCUGGAUCUGGUGACAAGACUACAGGUGAGCAGCUAGGGGGUGGCUCCAAGCCACUUCAGCAUCAAGACUUCUUUGCUGUGCCACAUGAACGUGCUGAGGUCGAGAAAAUUGUUGCUCAAGCUGUUGACAUCUUUUGGAACCUGCGGCGAUGCGGGGAGCCCUGGGAGUCAGUGUCAGUGCCAGCCUCAUUUUUGCAGGAGGGAGAAAAUGAAGAGACAACAACAGAGCCAAGAGCCAACACAGACAUUGUCACCUGCAGUCGACGCUCCUACAGGCAUCUUCUGUUUGACCUGACCGGCGAGAUUCUGCGUGAAAUCUAUCAGUACGAGAACGAAGUUGAACCUCCUGCUUGGCAGAAGCCAGUGCCCAAGCGACAGCGCUACUAAGGUAUCACACCCCCUACCACAGUGGACGUGCUUCUGCCAGUGGUUCAAACUGCAGCCAUCAGCAUCCUGGGGCUGAAUGGGGCCGUUGGCAAGAUGCGGGGCAAGACUGCCAACAAGUGGAGCGUGCGCAAGAAAGACCAUGUUGAUGCUGUGCUGGUGAAGGAGCUGCAGGAGGAGGAGGCUGACUGGAUCAGCUACAACCACGACGAGACAGCUGUCAAGUUACAGCUGACUGACACCAUCUUUGAGUCCCUGCUCGCGGACACCGUUGAUGCUCUCAACAGAAUUUAUACACGAAGGCAGCUGCAUUCCCAGCAUUGACUGGCCUGAUAUGCUGACGCUUUCACCAAACAUGGUCUGUUAAAUUUACCAGCCGGUGCUACACAAUGGAGGCCUUUUUAGUGUGCCACAGCCGUCUACAGGAUUUACUAGGACAGCCUGACUGCACUGAGCUCAACCUGGUGCUGGCUAAAAUUGCUACAAUUUAAUGCAAAAAAAACAAGUCUACUGAAACAAACUUGAGUUGUAAAAUGAAAAAACUACAAUUUUGCCACUGCUUAAAAAAAGCAGUGGAAUUGAGGGGUUUGCUUGUUGUGCAUACUUUUUUUUUUUUUUGCCCAUGAGUUCAACUUUUUACGAGUGAUUUUGGCUGCAGACAUGAAAACUUAUGGCUUGGAUGUGACACAUUGGAGACUAAUGGAAUACUGAAGCAUUGAGUGUAUAUAAGUAUACUGUGUGUUACCUCUAGGUUAGUUGUGUGACAAGACGAACUCAAUGAGACAAGAAUCAGGUGGACAUUUAUGUGAUUUUUUUUUUUUUUUUUUGGUCAUUUUUAUCUUCUCUAAUUGUAGCUGUAACACAUGUGCCUUAUAAGGAUCAAACAACGCUAAGCUUUUAACUUGCCAGCUCUUGGGUGGUUUUGCAUUAGAGGCUGGAAAUGCAACGCAGCAAAAAUCUGAACAAGGACAUGAAACUUUCCUUGGAAAACAGCUCUUAUGCCAACAUCUGCUUAUUCAUGGUGACCAGUGGGUGUCUCAUUGUAGCUGUGUCAAGAGAUUGUUUUUCAUGUCAUCAUGCAUUUAACAGAGUUAAUGCUGAGUGUGGUCUUGUUUGGAAAAUCAUGCUUCAAGACUAACCCUAGAUCAUUAAGUGUUGUACUCACGGCUAAGUGUCAUCAUUUUUUAAAAAAAAUAUAUUCAUGUCUCCCUUUGGAUGCUCGCAUGUCUUGGAUGGGGACUUGGGAUUCAUCCAGAUGGCAUAGAGCACAGCCCUUAAACCAGACUAGUUUGUGUGGACACUCUUUUACUUUUUAUUCUUUGGAUUGUUGCUGGUUUUGUUAAAUGCAGCAUUGUAGAUUGUCUCAAAGCAAACAUCUGGAAUCUUACAUCUACUGUUUUAAAACUGUUCCAUAGGUGAUUUUUUUCCCAUAUUAACCUAACCCUAACUUUACAUAGAAGCAGUUUUACCAGCACAUAUCUAAAACCACCUAGAAUCCAUUUGUAAGUAAUCCUCUUAGAAAUGUAUGCAUUGGCUGGUAAAGUUUUAUCACCAGGGUAUGAUGGUCUGCCCUGAUGUUACAACAGCAGUCCUCAAUGGGGAAGCGAAUAGCUGAGCGGUUAGAGUACUGGUACCAUGUCAGAACUGAGAGGCAGGCCAGUUGGAUACCUGAGUAGCUCAGCUAACUUUCCCAGUCGACCCAGCUGGCGGCAAUGGGUACCUGACUCCAUAGAGGGUUGGGGAAGGUAAGGCAGCUAGGGAGAGGAGGUGGGCACCGCCCUCAUGUAAAGCAGGCCCCAUGAAAAGUGAGGUCUCUAACACCUCACUCCCAACGACCUGAAAAGGUUAGGGGACAACCUUGUAUCCAAAGCUUAUGACCUGCAGGCUGCAAAAACAGAACCUUCCACAAAGCAUUAGCACUUGCAGAACUGCACUUUGGGUAAAUGUGUGAUAAAAAAAAAAAAGACCACAAUGGGCAAUUAGCUUUCCUCAUAACCACUAUAAUGGACAACUGGAGUAUUUGCUGAGAGUGGGCAUGGUCUCUCUCUCUGUCCUGAUGUCCUAAUUCACAGGAAAGAACAUAGACGACAUAUUCCAGUUGCCAUUGGAUACCCACUUCUGUUUCUUGGUGAUAUCUUUGUGAAGAUCAUCUAUUUGUCUUUGAUUAUUAAUGCGCUUGUCUGUGAUAUACACGUAUCUGUACGUUUUAAGACCUCACAUAGUAAUCCACACUGGUCGCUAACGAAGUUUUUCAUGUGAGAAUAGUGUAUCUUUUCUGACUUCCUCUCUCUUCUCAGUAUUUUUUAUUUUAUUUGUGAGGGCAGAGUGUCAUUUAAAAUUGUUAAAUCCAAUGUUGAAUGUAUGUGUGCACGAUUGGAGGCAGUCAUUGUGAUGAAGUGCAUGAAGACAUGAUGACAGAAAUUGCUCUUGAAAAUGAAAGAAAGGACUGGGAUUUAAACAGCAUGGAGAUAAAUAUUCAUGCAUUGUUAAAAAAAAAGAUCUUCCAUAGAAGAUGAUGAGGCAUUGUCAGUUUACACUGCACCCUGGGUAAAUGCGUAAUAAAAGGCCUUAGUGGGCAGUGAGCUUUCAUUACGUCCACUAUAGUGGACAACUAGAGUUAGAAUGUUAAUUUGUAUAGAGAUAUUUAUUUGCCAUUUUACUCAUUCUGAGAUAAAUAUAUAUAACCACCGUUCAUUUUUAAUUUCUUGAUGAAUUAUUUUCAAAUUUUCUGCAUCAUCUUGAAAACAGAGUUGAGAUAGUGCUUUUGCUUUGAUGAGGUGUGUUGCUUUCUUAAAACUGUAGGAGAGUGUUACAAAGAAGAACUUGUAUCUGGGACGCCUAGGCUCCUUUUCUUGACUAGUGCCUCAGUUUAACAAAAGUCUUUCCUAGCAAUACUAAGAUAGUGAGUUGACGACUGCAAUGAGAUGACCACAUGCACCAGUUUCUUUUGUAGGAAGCUAGCAAGGAAAUCCAACAAUUGCAUAAUAAUUUUUCUCCGACACGAAAAGUUGGGAACGUUUUCGUGAUUGCGGAGUUCGGGCUUUUUUCGGGUGGGAUGGUGAAUGGUAGAUGGAAAGAAGACGGCAACCAGAUGUGAAAGUUGUCAUAGUCAUAACGGUACCUUGACAAAUCGAGUUCCCGGCAUUUGAAGUGGGAAUGACAUCUGGUUAUCCUGUGCUGGUUCUUACAGCUGCUGAUGCUUUUUUAUUUAUAUUUUGUUUUAAAAAAAGAAGUGUCCUUUUCACUGAAGUCAGAAAACUUCUAAGAUGGUUUUAUCAAUAAAAUGGAUGACAGGGUUAGUACUCUUGGCACCAUGGCCUAUACGGUUACAUGUCCGUGUUCUGCAGAGUUUUCCCGACCCACUCCUGUGACAGGUUAGUUCAUCAAUUGUUUUCGGUACUUAGCAAGAGAGUGUCGGUCACAAAGUAUGGGUUACUCUGAUAGUGGAGCCAGAUAUUCAGCUGCUUGUCGCUCGGCAGUUGCAAGCAAACAAGUCAGAUUGUGCAUUUCUCAUUUUGCUGGCGAUGAUAAUUUUCUGAAAGCUUUUAGGGGUUUCUUUUCACACACCUACAUUCAUGUAGUUAUUGUUUAAUUGUCAUUUUAUGGUGUAUCUACAGUUUAAUGUACAGAAUCAAAAUGAUGGGAGUACAUUAUUGUUUGAUGCUUCAUCUUGAAAGAAAAGGUUAUUGUGAAUGAUUUUUGUUUUCCUAAAACAAAGCGGCUGGCUGGGUAAGUUUAGGAGCAAUGAGAGAGUCGGGUGCAAUUAGCGGAAGUCCUUUUCUAGUGUGACUAAUGCCAAUAUGCCAAACAUUACACUUCCGUCCACAGUUUUUACUUUUGGUGGUGCAGAUGUCACUUGUAUAGGUUUAUUUAUGUCUCACUCUCAGCUUGUCUCCUGUAUCCUAUGUGAUGUAGCUGUAAUAACUAGCCACCUGAGUGGUAGACCGUUUGGCUGUUCAAGAUUUAGUUUAGCGAUUUAUAAUACAGAAAAACAGAAGUUAUGUCUGACAGGUAAGGAGCUGAUAUCAUUGUGGACAUUAUUUCGUUCGAUGCUUCCGAAUACAUUAUGGGGAAGGUGGGGGAGGGUCUUUUGAAUUCUUAUCAUACAAAAGAUGAUAAAAUAAAACACAUUUUAUUUUGUCUCGCCAUUUGGAUCAUUAAUAACGACGAAUUACUGCACGUUAUUCUUAAUGAACUGAGGGAUCAUGAUGCGCGGAACGCAGCUUGUAAUACAUGUUGGUGGAUUCCAUGUGGAGGUUUGGACACAAGUAUCACCCUGCUCUGUACAUGCAUGACAUGGAGCGUGCCCUUCAGUACGGUCCACCUGUCAAGACUGGAGCCAAUGACAAGAAUGUUUUGUCCACACAAGUGUCACCUUGCACAACUUUCGUUUCAGAAUCAAGACCUGGUCACUGGGUGAAUGUGAACGCACGGCUCUUUGACUUAUUGUUAGCGAGGUUUGGAACUAGCUACUAGGGCGCUUUCCUGGACAUGGGGGCAUUAGAUGACCUCGGAUGGGGAGGGGGAUGUUCAGUCUUCAAUCACCUAACUCGAUGUUUCCACUCACAGAACCUUCAUCUGGUGCGCGUCAGACGAGUCUAUUUUUAUACCUAAUUCUAGACCUUAUUUAUUUCCUUACUUUCCUUGAAGUGUUUGUAUCGGAAAGGAAAACAAAGAAUUUUAUAGUACGACUACCGUUAAUAAAUAAGAAAUAAAUAAACUACAUGAUUCAGUUGUUUUGUUUUUAAUCUGCCUGCUCUUCCAUGUUUUUAGCUCUGUGUGUGUGUGUGGUUUCAAACUAAGUAAACAAGACAACACUUGAAUUUGUGCUUCGUCAAGAUAAGCUGAUAUCUGUGUGUGUGUGUUCUCCACACCCGGCUUUUCUAUCAAGCGGCUGAGUGUAGUUAGACAAAGAUGAGUUUGGAGUCCCACCCCAGGAAGUACGGGUGGCUCGUGAUUCACAUUACAAUAAGACCUCGUUGUUAAAACAGUCGCGCGGUGAAAAGAUUUUAUUUUAGAAGUAAUAAAGGUAACAUUAUUGCA